GUAAUUAUAAUAUGGCGGACCAAAAUAACGAGAGCGCUAAAAAACUAUUUUCGUCAAAAUUUGCACUUUCCCAAAUAGAUAAUUAGUAAAUGUUGCUCUUAUAUAUGUCAUGCGUGAAGUUUGUAUUGUAAUAAAGUUAUUGUGUUUAUAAUGUCGACUAUAAAAGUAAAUUUUGAAAUUGGGCACGUCGCUUCUUUGCGUUCCAAGAAAACCCCAGAAGGAUUUACUCAUGAUUGGGAAGUUUUUGUGCGCGGACAAGAAGGAGCCGAUAUAAGACAUUUUGUAGAGAAAGUUGUAUUUAUUCUACACGACACAUUUCCCAAGCCAAAAAGAGUUGUAAAAGAACCUCCAUUUUCACUUAAAGAAUCUGGCUAUGCAGGUUUCAUGUUGCCAAUUGAAAUAUAUUUGAAUAAUAAAGAUGAACCUAAAAAGAUCCAGUUCUCUUAUGAUUUAUCAUUACAACAAAGUGGACUUCUUAAGGACAGAUAUAUUUUCCAAAAUCCCAAUGAUGACUUCAGAAAGAAGUUGUUAAGAGGUGGCGGUAUAACUAUUAAUAAUAAUGCAUUUUAUACUAAUCCUGAUCAAGAGAGCAGGAGUAGGGACUCUUUCAGUGAUGAUAAACAACAGCUAAUUAGUAAACCUAAAAUGUCUUCUGAGAAUAAAAAACAUAAAUCUAAAGAACAUAAAGAAGAGAUACCACAUAGAACAAGUAGUUUUGAAAACCUCUUUGGGCCACCUAUACAUAAGCCACCGAAAGUGUCACCAGAGCCAAAAAAAAUUGAAAAAAUUGCCAGUUUCCAAAAUUCUAAAGAGAAAAAAGAUAAGGAUAGAACAGGUUCAGACAAGAAAUCCAAACAUGAGCAUAAGGAAGUGAAACCCGAAAAGAUAAAGAUAAAAGAAGAGAAAGAAAAGGUACGAUCAGAAAAAAGUAAAAGUCAUAAAGAGCAAGAACGGUCUAAAGAUAAAUCCAGUAAAAGACCUAAUGAAAGGCCGCCAUCACCUGAAGCAAAUAAGAAAAGAUGUAUUAGUCCAGUCAGAAAAGCACCCAGUCCAGCACAUCGUUCUGGUAGUGCUUCUAGUUUCAAAGAUGAAUAUAAAUCAUCAAAACAUAACACUGAAAAUAUAGAACAAAAGAAGCCAAAAAUUGAAGAUAAAGUCCUUGAAGUGAAAGCUGAAAAGGAUAUCAAAGAAAAAAAGAAAAAGGAGAAAAAAAGUCAUGAUCGAGAUAAAGAUCGCAAGGAAAAAAGAGAGCAUAAGAAAGAAAGUCAUAAAGUAAAAGAAUCACCAAAGGAAUUGCCGAAAGAAGUUUCAAGAGAAGUAUUAAAGGCAAAAGAAAUUCCAAAGGAAAAGGAAUUAGUAAAAGAAUCACAACCAGUUAAAGAAAAACAGCCCAAACAAGACAAGAAUAACAAAUUUUCUAUUGAAAAUCUUAGGAAAACUCCAACACCAGAAAAUGUUGAUCGUUUAGAGAUUCCGAAAUUGAAAGAUAGAGGUGAUUCAGAAAGAAAACACAAGCACAAGAAAAAAGACAAAAAACGUGAUGAGUCCAGAGAGAAGCAUAAAGAGUCUAAUAAAGAGAAAAAACACAAACAUGACAAAAACCGUGAUGUACCUCAGGAAAAAUCUGAGGUGACUGAGCGUCGAGAGACACCUAUUCCUAAAGAACGCCCUCUUCCUGAACCAGCUUCACCUAUAUCCAUAGACACAGCCUCUCAAUGCAGUUCUAAAAGUGGGUUGGCUAAAACUUCGCAUACUGGCAAUGAAGAUUUAAAUAGCAGCCAUUCUGAUUCAGAAAGCUCUAUAAUUGCCGAAGAUGAAGAACCAAAAAUAAAACUUGAGAAUCCUUCCCCAGAGCCACUAAAACAUGAACCAUCGCCAGAACUAGAACCAGAGCCUGACCCUGAACCAGACCCAGAAAUUGAACCUGAACCUGAGCCUAUUAUAGAACCACCACCACAUAAAGAGAAGUCCAAGAAGCAUAAAGAUAAAUCUUCAAAGAGAGAAGAAAAACGACGCAAACGGAAAGCGGCUGAAGAGGAAGAAGCUGAGAAUAGAAAAAUUGUAAAAGUCUCAGAACAUGCUCUGACUAAUAAUGAUAUAGAACGCGGAGAAAGUAGUGGCUCUACUUCAGUGGAGACAAAAGUUCAGGACAAUGGAGUUUCCAGUAGCCUGGGUGAGGAUGCUGAACCUGGAGAUUUGUCCCCCGAGUACAUGGGGCAGUUACGUGAUCUACAAAAACGUAUAAUGACUAUUAACAAUAAUGAAGAUCUAGAACGUGUUGUGAACUUAAUAGCAGAAACUGGCCGGUAUGAAGUUACUACACAAACAUUUGAUUUUGACUUGUGUUUAUUGGACCGCUCGACAGUGCAGCAGCUUAUACAGUUAGUAGGAUGCUAGCUAAGAAUUACAGUAAGACUCUCUGUACGCUGUUGGAUAGACAAUGUACAAUGUUGUUUUAAAAUUGAUAGUGAUGGUGGAUGUAGGAUUUAUAGUGGAUAUUUUGUAUUAUGAUGAUUAAGGUAAUUUACACCAUUAUUAUAUCUUUAUAGAAGCUGUAAUAGUGUGUUUAACAGCUAAGCUAAUCUCAUUAAUUCUAUAUUAUCCUAUCAAUAUAAUCAUACUGCUCUACACUUGAGUGUUAAGUGCAAUACUGUAUAGGUAUGUAAAGCUAUAAGACUGUUGAAAGAUUGUUAAAAUCAUAAUGUAUAUUUUGUACAUUUAAUAUAUUAAUUAAUUAUUAUAAGUUAAAAUAUUUGAGAGUUUUUAAUUAGCCCUCAAUAUCGAGGGUUAUGUUAAUAAUUGUAUAAUAGAUAAUAAUUAGAUGUAAUUAUUGAAUUAUUUACCAAGUCUCUCACCAUCACUUAUUAAACACUAUAUAUACUAUAUAUAAAUUACCCAAAAUUAAUAUUGUCAUAAAAACGUUAUGCACUUUGAUAUUUCGAAGAAAUUGCUGUAAGUUUUUACAUGGGUAAUAUUUUUUUACGACAAAACAUCACUUUUUGAUGGUAAUAGAUUUUACAGACAUUUUUAAUUAAAUAUGGUAGUAAUAUUUACAUUUUUCAAGUGUUUGGCGUUUAUUUUAAUCGGCAUCUGUAUAUUAUGUUUGUUACAUAACUUAUUUUCUUUUAACUAGUAUUUUAGGUACAAAAUAAAGAAACAUAG